CAGAGAGGGAGUCAGGAGACAUGCCUUCUGGCAGGAGCUGAAGAAGACAGCUGUGUUUGGUGUGGUAUUUUUAAACGCAUCAAUGCUGCUCCAAUCCCCUCGCCUCGCCUGACCUAUUUUUAGCCAGGGCUGGCCAUUGUUCUAUUUCUGUCACCUGUGGGCCACGCAGUUGUUGAUUCACAUGCAAAUGAAGCUUGCUCCCUCCCUGGCUAGCAUUACUGCUUCAGUGAGGUGCUCAGUACACAGCGCACGGCUUUCCUAGCAACUGCUUUUACAUUUGCUCAAUCUCUGCUCAGACACUCCACUGAGACAACAAGAAGCCACAGACUGGAGAUAAUCAGAGAGAGGAACACAUUAGAGAAAUAAGAGGGUGGCAGUGUUAAAAGUCGUGCAUUUGGACACGCAGGACUUGGCAUCUCUUCCUAACACUGUCUGAGUGUUAGGAGCAGACUGAAGCAGGGCACCGGCAGUGUGGGAGCCCAGCAGAAGGAGUGUGUGGUUUGUGUUAUUGCUCUACAGUGAGAGUGCUCUCUCUCAGAGGAGGAGGCAGAGGAAGGGAGAGAGUUGGCUGUUGUCUUGGUCUCUCCCCUGAGUGGCUGAGGGGUGGCUCUUGGUGACAGGAAACGCAGGGCUUGCGAUGAGACCUGAGCGCUGAGUGGAGUAUGCUGCAGACGAUUUACGAGGGCGAGUCAAGUUUCUCCACAACAGAGGGGUGCGUUGGACACCAGCAGCUCCUCAACCAGAGCAAGAUGCACAACGUGAACAACUCAGUGGACAUUAAGCCAGAGGUGCCGUUGACUGUGGAGCCCUUAUCUCCAUUAGACCUGCGUACUGACCUGAGGAUGCUGGGGCCAGGCUCUGACCCGGGGCUGUGGGAGAGACAGCUGCAGCAGGAGUUGCUCCUCAUUCAGAAGCAGCAGCAGAUCCAGAAGCAGCUACUCAUCAGCGAGUUUCAGAAGCAGCAUGAGAACCUGACCCGUCAGCACCAGGCUCAGCUCCAGGAGCACCUCAAGCUCCAGCAGGAGCUCCAGGCCAUGAAACAGCAGCAGGAGCUUGCUGAAAAGGAGCGGCGUCUGGAGCAGCAGCAGCAGCAGAACCAGCAGGAGAAGGAGCAGGAGAGGCAUCGGCGAGAGCAGCAUGUUUCCAGCCUGAGCCUCAGGGCCAAGGAGCGCUCCCGAGAGAGUGUCUCAGGUGCAGUGGCCAGUACAGAAGUGAAGCAGAAACUCCAAGAGUUUCUGUUGAGCAAAUCAGCCAAGGACCCUGCCAGCAGUGGAGCCACUCAUUCUUUCAUCCAUCACCCAAAACUCUGGUACACGUCCUCCCACCACACAUCACUGGACCAAAGUUCUCCACCUCUGGGAGGCGCCUCCCCCACCUGCCAGUACACCCUGCCAUCCCCAGUAGAAAGCAAGGACGACUUCCCCUUGAGGAAGACAGCCUCUGAACCCAACCUGAAGGUACGGUCCAGACUGAAGCAGAAAGUCGCAGAGAGGAGGAGCAGCCCAAUGCUCAAAAGAAGAGAUGGCAACAUCAUAACUCCUUACAAGAAGCGGGCUCUGGAACUGAUGGACUCUACGCCCACUAACAGCGCCCCUGGCUCCGGCCCCAGCUCACCCAUAGGGGCCUCCAGUGCCCUGGGGGCUGAAAAUGGACCCUCCUCUCUGCCCACGACCACAAAAACUGAGAGAUGGCCGUCCCAACCACGAUUAUUCCGACCUGAGGGCUCUGUGUCGAUGCUGAGCUUGUACACGUCUCCCUCUUUACCCAACAUCACUCUGGGUCUUUCAGCUGCAUCCUCACCUAUUAGUGCUGCCAUGGGGUUGAAGGAAAGAUCCACAGAAAUCAGGCAUGGGCUGCCUGGGCAGCUGCUGGGCCCUGUGCCCUUACAGACGGGCUUGGAGACCAAGGUGAGCCCCAGUCACCAGGCUCUCCUGCAGCACCUCCUCCAGAAGGAGCAGAUGAGGCAACAGAAGAUACUCUCCUCUGGCCAAGGCUCCAUGCCGUCCCACCCUCAGUCCCCUCUGGCCAUGAAAGAUCGCCCCUCCACCAACAGUCGUCCAAAACUACCAAAACACCGGCCCCUGAACAGGACCCAGUCGGCGCCACUCCCACAGAACACACUGGCCCAACUAGUCAUCCAGCAGCAACACCAGCACUUCUUGGAGAAACAGAAACAGUACCAGCAGCAGGUCCACAUAAAUAAGCUGUUGUCCAAGUCCAUUGAGCAGUUACGUCAGCCCAGUGCACACCUGCAGGAAUCUGAGGAGGAACAGGAGGAGCAGCACAGAGAGCAGAGCAUGCAGGAGGACAGGCUGCCCCCUGGAGGAGUCAUCCGGAAACACACCCUCAGCAGUAGCAGCAGCAGUGGCAGCAGUGGCUCCUAUGGGGAGCUUCCCGAUGCUCACUGUGGGGUCAUCAAGGUCAAGGAGGAGCCGGCUGAUAGCGAGGAUGAGGCUCUGACCAAUCAGAGCCUAGAGUCAGAGCAGAACGCCUAUCUUCACCAGGUCAAAGGGAGACUAGUGAUAAGAGCCAUGAUCUAAGAAGGGAAGGGGAUGAGCUCACAUACUCCAACAUUCGCAGAUUAACAAGUAUCUACAGACAUGUGCAUAUACAUCCAUGCAGUUUACGCAGAUACAUACGCACACAUAAACACAUGCAUACACACACACACACACUCACCCGUGAACACAGCAGCCAUUGCACAGAGUAGGCCAACUCUCCCUGCCACGGCAUGUGACCCUUUGUCACUCAGCUGCAGCCUCGCCCCACACCCUAGGACUCUCCGUCUGUGAACUUUGUGUAGUGAUUUCUGUAAAGUACGUUUCAUCGUUGUGUAUAUAAUAUAAAGAGAAUUUAGACCGUUCAUUCUUUAUAAGAGCUGCUUUGAUUGUCUCAAGUCUGCUCAGCUGACAGAUGGUUUUAUGUAUGUAUACUGUGGAUUUAGCAUCAAAGAUGAUUUCUAGAGGAAAAGUUGAACAAGUGUACAGCUUUGAAAAACAAACUCAUGUUCCUGUUGUGUACAUUUUUGCCAUAAAAUAUUUGAAUGCUGUUCUGUCCACUUCAACAAAAAACGAUCACACAGUCCUUACAAUGUGUUGAAGAAUUUUAAAACACUACAUUCUCUGUUGUUCUCCAAAAUCUGUGAUAUUGUUCUCUAUGUUAGCAGGUCUCAGAAGUGAAAAUAAUGAGCAUGCCCACAUCUGUCUGAGAGAGAAUGUAUACUUAAAUCCUAGCAGAGGAAGCUCCCCAUGACAAAGUUUGCACUGGGAGUGAUAUUGCCAUUGGAAUAUGGUUCACCGCUCAUAUUGCAGUUUAAAGGAUAAAGCACUAAAUCCAUGCUUGGGUGUGUAGGCAUCUCCAACACAUCCCAAGUCUCUGUGUCUCCAGGAGCAGUCCCAGAGCCAGGACCCUGUGUUAAGCUGAGCUCUCCUCCCUCUCUCCCUCUGGGUCCAAAUCAAAGCUCAGCCGGGUUCCUGCCCAGCUUUCAGCAAAGGAGUCAGACAGGGAGAGAGAGGGAGAGAAAGAAAGAGAGAGAGAGAAGGAGAGAGAGAGGGCCGGGCAGGAAAUGCCUUCUAGAAGCCAGGAGUUGGAGUGAUUCAUGUGUGCAGGAAUGUUGAGAGAAGAGGACCUAGGGUUGGAGGAGUCCAAGGGGCCAGGCUUGAGAAUUGAUUUACUGUCAAGGCGAAUUACAAAGUGAGUGGGGAUAUGGUUAAGGGAGUCCUUUUUAAAGGGAAUCGCUUCCUUCGUAUUCCCUAGUGACAUGCUUACCUCAACAUGCAGGUUUGAUGUUACUUCAAUAAAAAACCCUGGAUGGGACCUUGCUUCUCUUUUCAAGACUGUUUUCCCCUGAAAGUGCCCGUUUCAACAUGUAUAGUCUGUCUUAAAGUGAUCAAUCAAAUGUAUUGCAUAGCUGUAAACCUUCCUGUUUCAUUUGUACUGUCUACUAAAUGUAAAAAUGCUAGUAUGGGGUUCUGUGUUUGGAUUCCUGUGAAAGGCAAAACUGUCUGUCUUAUACUGUACAUUCAGAUUGUCCAGUUUUAAUGUUUUAGUGUAAGUAAACACCACAAUCAGAACAAUGUGAGUCUUGUUCUCUUGCUCCUUUGAUUUGGUUGUAACAAGAACUCCUUUGCUGCCACCGGGGGGGUCCUGUGGUCUGUUCAUAGCAGUUUGCGUUUCUUCUCUUUUUUGCCUUGUGUGACAAACCUUUCUUUUUUAAAAUAAAGUUCAUUCCCCUAUUCAU